AUGCAAAGGGACAAGGCCUCGGGAAUGCUUAGUUCAACAGCAGAAUCCUGGUGUGUGCAGGAAUACAAUAUAACUAAAGACGACACUGUGGUCGCUGUCCAUGCCCUCAGUUCAUUGGCUAAGCUCAUCUACUCUGAGGACAAUUCUGUCAAUAUCGACGUCAUUUCCGGUGAUAUCACCAAGAGUUUUACGGUUGACGAUAGCAAUCGUUUCAUUCUACAGACGGCUUUGUUAAAGGGCAGCCCUGGUGACGUCUCUAUCCACGGUACUGGGACUGGACGGGCGGUUGUACAGGUAUCAGUCAGAUUCAACAUUGCGGAUGAAUUCAUCGAGCCUGCCUUCUCUGCAAAUGUGACAGUAACCAAACAAAGCUCCUCUGCCUUUGAUAUUGAAGUUUGCGCCGCAUAUUUGUUGAAGGGAGCAUCUGGAAUGACCUACAUCGAAGUGUUAACCCCGACUGGCUUCUCCCCUGUCCCGGAAACAGAGCUUAAACUGCAACUCUACGGCAAAAGAGUUGAAACGACAGACAAAUCUGUGAUUCUAUACCUUGAUGAGUUAACAGCGGACGAUUUCUGUUUCCCGGUAUCGGCGAUCAGAACCGCCCUUGUGGCCAAAGUCCAACCCGUCACAGUCACCGUAUUUGACUACUACGAACCAGAUCAGAAAGUUGUGACCUUCUAUCUACCGGAGGUGUUGCAGGACAAUGAUUUCUGUGACGUCUGCGAUGGUGAUCACUGUCAGAUGUGCCAGGCAAGACGGAAGUAACCAAAAACUAUCCUGAAGACAACUGAUUUUUCAGGCAUUUAAGUUAUAAAUCUUAUCCCUACUAUCGGGUUUUACAUUCAUGACACUGAAUGACUUAUGUAGUCAUUAACUAAGUCAAUUAUUGUUAUGCACACGUAUCUACACAAUCAUGUACUCUACGACAAACAAUAAAGGGCUACUUUAGGGGUA